GGAGAGACUAGACAAAGCCCACUGCAGAAGAAGAAGCGACAGCAAGUUCGGCGGCUAGUUCGGCGGCUGUGCCGCCCACCGCCCACCAAUCCUUCCGUCCUCACACAUGCACACAUAUUGUCCAGCGACAACCGACUGCCUAUUAACAGAACCCCUCAUUUCAUUGAUUGCUCUCACACCGACUAACUGCCUGUCAUUGGAUGGAUGGAUACGCAUGUCUUUGUCAGGUGCACUUGGCCUCCUCCAGAGGUGGACUUGGGGCCCCCUUGACGUACUUGACGGACACCGAGUUGACGCAGUGCCUCUCGUUGGUGUCGGUGAAGCGCUCCCCUGUGAAAACGUGACCGAGGUGGCCGCCGCAGUUGGCACACAUGAUCUCGAUCCGUAUCAUGCCGAACGAGCUGUCCGUCUCAGUGUACACGCUCUCUGCAUCCAUCCACACACGACACACAUCCACACCGAAGCACGCUGAGUGGGCGUCAUUCAUUCCUUCCCGCAGCCCACCUACCUUUGUAGCAUUUGUCGAAUGCGGGCCAGCCGCACCCAGAGUCGAACUUGGCCUUGGCUGAGUAGAGGGGGUUGCCGCACGCCGCACAGGCAAAGUAGCCCUCAUCUGGGUAGAACCUGCAGGCACAGAGGCAACCGUGCGUAGGAGGGGCAUUGUGUGUUGUUUUGCAAGCGCAUGCCCACUUGUUGUAUUCGCCCGUCCCCGGCCGCUCUGUGCCCUUCUCGCGAAUGAUGUGGUACUGCUCAGCUGCAAUCACAAGACCAUGACGCAGAUCCCAUCCCGUCAGUCAGUCACCCUGCCGAUGCGUCCAUGUCAUGUCACUGGCCUUCCUCUCUCUGGCUGCCCUCCUUACUUACGUGUGAGUUCCUUCUUCCAUUCUCUGCAAAGGCCAGCCAACACACAUGGCAGUGCAGUGCAGUGCCUGCGUGUGUCACGGUGAGUAGUAGGUGUGUCUGUUGUUCGCUCACUCAGGAGGCUUGUUGAUCUCAAAGACAUGGCCGCCUUCGCCGAUCUUGGCGCCUCCGAACAGCCUGUGCAUGUGGGACAGUCGAUGCAGCCUGCUGCGGGAGAAUGGCGACAAGGCAGGGACGUUGUGCGGGGCAGCGAAUGAGGAAAUGCGCCUCAAUGAGAAGGAGACGACUGCGGGAAGAAGGAGUACUGACGAAGAUAAAAGAGCACUCAUACGCCACCUCAUGUGCUUCGUUUGCGUCGUGUUGUUGAGAGAAAGACAGACUCAGCGCCG